AUGGGUCGAAAAGCCAGCUCAUGGAUGACGCCUUUGUACUUUGGUGCAGAGAAGAAUGUGCCACCCUGUGUAAACAGCUUGGCCAAGAGAAUGCCCAUAAAUGAACUCAACGCAAAUAUUCAAGGGUGUGAAGAUAACUGUGUGGCAGAACAGGAAUACAAAGAUACAAAGUUACGUGCUACAAUACUGGACACUGGGUUGUAUUAUGAUCGCUACCUCCGUGAAGUAAUUGAUGUAUUGGAAACAGACAGACAUUUUCGGGACAAACUUCAGACAGCAAAUAUAGAUGAAAUAAAGAGUGGAAAACUCGCUAAAGAACUAAACUUAGUGAGUCAUCUUGUGAGAACCAAAUUAGAUGAAUUGAAACGACAGGAGGUGUCCCGGUUACGAAUGCUUAUUAAAGCUAAAAUAGAUGCACAACAAGAUGCAGGAAUAGACCAUCAUGCUUUGUUGAAACAAUUUGAGCACCUCAAUCACCAAAACCCGCAUAGCUUUGAGCCAGAAGAUUUGGAAUUAUUGAUUAAAACUGCAACCAGUGAUCUGGAAAACUAUGAUAAAGAACGGCAUGAAGAAUUUAAGCAGUAUGAGAUGCUGAAGGAACAUGAGAGGAGGGAGUAUUUGAAAACAUUAGAUGAAGAAAAGAGGAAAGAGGAGGAGGCUCGGUUUGAUGAGAUGAAAAGGAAACACCAGGAUCACCCAAAAAUUAAUCAUCCAGGAAGCAAAGAUCAGUUGAAAGAAGUCUGGGAGGAAACAGAUGGCCUUGAUCCUGAAGAUUUUGAUACCAAGACCUUCUUCAAGCUGCAUGAUACUAAUGGUGAUGGUUUUUUGGAUGAGCAGGAGAUGGAAGCAUUAUUUACUAAAGAGCUGGAGAAGAUUUAUGACCCGAACAAUGAGGAAGAUGAUAUGAUAGAAAUGGAAGAAGAACGAUUGAGAAUGAGGGAGCAUGUUAUGAAAGAGAUUGACACAAACAAAGACCGACUGAUAUCUGUUGAUGAAUUUUUAACUGCUUCUGAGAAGAAGGAUUUUGUGGAUGCAGAUAAUUGGGAGACUCUAGAUGAACAGGAGCUUUAUUCAGAAGAUGAGCUGCAAGAGUUUGAAAGACGACUGUCUCAGCAGGAGCAUGAACUGCAAAUGAAAUCAGAUGAUCUGUUGAAACAGCGUGAAGCACUGCAGCUUCAACAAGACCAGCUCCAAGCACAGAAAUUUGAGUUCCAGCAGGCUGUACAACAUCUGGAGCAACAAAAACAGCCGCAGCAGGUUCAUCCUCCAGCAGGACCUAAUGGAGAACUCCAGUUCCAUCAAGAAAAACAACAAGCAGCUCCUCCUGGAAAUAUGCAAGCUAUGCCUCCAGGCCAUGAUCAGCCCCAAGGUUUAAACCAGCCAGCUCCUGGUCAGGAUCAACCUCAACAAUAAUCACUAUGCCUCCAGGAUUUGGGCGAGCAUAUGAGUUCCUGAAUGGCUUUUUGGGUCCAAAUGAUCAUUGCUCCAAUCCGAUAAUUUUUUAUUGCUGUUUAUUCCUGUUAAAGUUGCACAUUAUGCAGAGACCACUGUCUGCGAGCAUUUUCUUCAUGGGGGUUACUGAAACACUCGUGCAAAUAUUUCAUUAUCCAACAAAGGUGAUUUACCUAUGAUAGUGAGCAGAAUUCACUUGAAACCCUGAACAGAGAUCUGAGAUUCAUUUGUGAAUUGUAGUAGAAUAGAAUGGCUGCAACUGGGUUGUGAGCAUUUGGAAAAAUAUUUUCAUCCUGUGGUUGGUAUGAUUCUUUUAUGAAAUGUUGGAGAAAAUCCUUAGUGUAUUAAUAAUUAAAAUUGCGAUGGUUCUUGGGAUUUAAAAAGUAGCUAAGAUAUUUGGGUUAGUAUUUUAGGUUUGUAAGUAGAAAAGCUAAUCAUUUUAUUUGUGAGGCAUUGUGUUCAAGAUUGUUGAGUAUGAUUUACUGCUGGUUUCUCUUCUUGGCUUUAGCUAGUUUAGCUAUCUUCAGCUGCAAUUAAUCUCACUCAGUCUUGGUCUUCAAUGCCAUAUCUUGGCCAACAAUAUUUGGGUGUGAUAAUGUCAGCUGGAAAAUAGUGAGAGGGUGGGCUUUUAUUGCAAGUGCUUACACUUUCAAUGCUUUUUUUUUUUCCAAGUUUGAUUAUUUUGAAACAUUGAUUCAUCCUUUUGUUGUUGAUGGGUUUAGAUGGAUAUCCAGUGUGCUACUCAUAAUUGUGUUUGGUUAUCAAAGUAUUUUUGGUACUUCUUUUAACCUUCGAUUUGUUACUAAUUACCCUGCCAGUCUGAGGACUGGAGACAAUCCUCUCAGUGGAAGUUCUGUGGACCAUCUCUUUCCAUGGUUUUCCCAGGUAGGAUUUAAAUUCACACAGUUGCCAUAGCUGAUAUUCAAGUCAGUUGAUAAUCCAAAAAUGCUAACUGGCUGUUAUGAGUUGCCAAUUUGCAGUUUCCAAUUCAGCAACUGCCAGCCUGUUAUUUUACUUCAUAAAAGAUGCUUAUUAAUAUCUCAAUACAUCCAUUUUAAGGUAACGGUAACUAGAAGAACUGUUCAUCAUAAUGGAUAUGGGUAUUCUGUUUUAAUGUUGGACUGAUUUUACUCCUGAACUUGUAGGGUUUUAGGUUCUUGGCAUUUCAGAUUUGUUAAAGAUCACCAACAUUUACUAGCUCGUAGUAAUGUAUCAACAUGCAUAAUAGAAUCACCAAGUACAAAAGAGAAGUGUAUGGUCCUCCCCAAGAUGUAUGCUGUUUGUAUAGGAGCCAAUGCCCAUUUGCCUUCGUUAGCAUGGUUUGGUUUACUUGGAUACUUAACUUAUCUGCCACAGUGGGAAUGCUGAUUGCCAUAAUGCACAGAUAAUAGAUGUGUAGUCACAAAUUGAAUGUUGCAUUUUAUCAUGUGUAAACUGUUGGUUGAAUAAUACUGAAGAUCUGAAGAUUGUGGACUGAUUUUAUUUCAGCAUUUUAAUAGAUUUAGUUAAAUUAGAAAAGCUGCUUCUCACAGUAUUUGCAUUCUGACAGACAAGUUGUCUUAAUGAACCUCAUUGUUUGACUUAACUGUAACAAUGCAUUGAUGAUUUUAUUAUAUGGGUAAGGAUUUGCAAUGCAAUCUCCCCUCAACGUGUUAGGCUUAGCUGUGCCGUUUUGGAGAACGAUCAGUUGAAGUCCAGCUAUUCUGCCACAGGGAUGUGGUUUAAAAUGCACACAGGUCAGUUUCAGAAUGGUGCUGGCAGAAAUGUAGAAGGUGAGCAUCCUUCUUAACAAAAGAUGCUGCAUAAUGGCCAUAAAGUAAUAUUUGAAAUAUGUUUGAAAUUUAGGAAUUGCACAAAUGAAAUAUUGCAGUUGCUGGAGGUAUGAAAUAAAAUGACAUGCCAGAAAACCUCCAAUCUGGCAGAAAGAGGAACAGAGUUAAUGUUUUAAGUCCAGUAUGAUUUCCUCCAAAUUUAGGAAGGAUAGCAAUGUAAUGAUUUUUAUGCUGUUGAAAAGAAGAUGAGUGGGAUCAUGUGGAACAGAAGAGAAUAUCCGGGAUAUUUGUUCUUGUAGGUUUAUUGGCAGAUUGAUAUUGCUGCCAUGAGUGGCUGAACUGAGUUUGAACUGUUGGCAUGAAACACUUAAAAGCUAGGAGCAUCUUGAGUGAGAAUAAGCAGUUGGUGGGAGGAUACCUUUUGAGAACAGAGGAAACUAUGAAGGUGACACAUGGGACAGUUGAAUUGACAAUUCAAAACACUAGACUUAAAAUGCUUGUUGCCAGGAAUUGACACAGUCUUUACCCAAAUUUAAAUACUAAGUGAUGCACUGGGUUGAAUUGUAGCCUCUAAUCUUGAAGCCUGGACUUCAGUCCACCAAGGCUGAAGACCAUCUGGUCAGUGAAAGUCCAAUGUAAAAUAAAGUUGGUAAUUUGUCUGAAUUUCUAGUAGGUAGUUUCUAUUAUGUGUGGAUUCACAGCACAGAAUUGCCCCUACUGUAAUACUUUUUGGCACUCCUAAUUACUGGCUGAUGUUGGAAAUAUAAAAUGUUACAUAAAUAUAGCCAGUACGUUGAAGUGUCUUUUGAGUGAAAAUAUACAUUUCAGACACACGAGGGAGUCCUCUACUCUGAAUCUAACUAUAUUGCACCUGACCUGGGGAAUGCUUAAUAUUGGCACUGAGUAUCUAAACUUGUAAUGUGUUAAAUAAAUUGGCAUCACAUAUUUUGCCUUGCUAAGUAUAAAACUUUAAGUUAUGAAAAUGCUGUCUUUGAUCUGGAGUUGAAAUGCCCUUCAGUUUAUUUGUGUAACAUAUUCAACAUUUCUUGAUUUAAGGAAUACAAUGUUUCAUUGUCUACUUACCAAGUAAAGCCUUUCCAAAGAGAUAUCUGCUACUACUAUGUGUACAGGUAUUCCAUUGCAUUUUGAAAUCUGUUAAGCAUUUGUAUUCAAACUUAAGUUUAUUGUCUUGGCUCCAAAGUAUAAUUUCUGAGUACGUAUUUUAAAAUGUGUUGUUAAUGUGUUUUUAUUUGACUAUUGUCCUGGUUUUGUUUUGUGGUGCAAUAUUAGUAGAUGAAAUUGUUUAGGUUCUAUUAAUUUCUUUGUAAGAUUGGUUUAUAAAAUAAUUGCAUUUGAGCAUAAAGCAAAAUAUUUAAAUUAUU